AUGUUUGUUGUUGCUAGCUACUCCCAAGAGGAGACCCUUCCUUAUGAUCAGGAUCAUCUCUUCAGAGCAAUCCAAUCUCAGAUGCUGCAAUUCCAACACAAGGCUCAAAGUUGCAGGAUACUUCCAAGAGUGCUGUACAGCAGAAAUAUUGGAAGUACAAUUGUUGUUGGUGUGUCUCCUCUUGUUGUUACAGUUGUUAAAGCAUUCCAGCAUGGUGUAUUUGUUGAAGGUUGCUGGUUGCUUCUGGUCUCUAUUGCUGUUGCUGAGUGGCUGUUGCUGUUGAUCAGUUGCAGUCACUGUUGCUGCUUUUCUCACAUCAAUAAAAAGAGAGGAAGAGGAAAAUAUAAAUCUAAGACGGUUGAUAUUAAAACCAAGUACGGAGGAAAAAUCAAUAUAAUUAUUCCAGAUGACAUUGAUAGAGCUGUGGGUUCUGGUGCUAGAGAUAUUGUUAAUUACUGUGGCUUGAUCAUGAGGAGCAGCAUCUUAUUUCGAGAUGGAAAUUGGCAAAAGAUUGUUUUAAAACAUGGAGAAGCAAUGUGGUAUAAGGUUAAGAGAAAUCCUGAAUCGGGAGAAAAAGACACACCAGAUAAAGUCUGGGAGAUUCAGCAUACACGUAAAAAAGACAACGGAGAACGUGUAUGGUUGGAUCCGCAAUCCCAACAGAUUCAUGGUCAGCUUCAACAACUUGUUGUUGAACAACAAUCUGAAGAGAUCGAGCAUCCCAUGACUAGGGAUGAGAUUUUAUCAUCGGUUCUCGGUGAGAGAUCAGGCUAUGUUCGGGGAAAAGGAUAUGGAAAGAAGCCUCCUAAAAAGACUCAACUACAUCAGUCAGACAUAGAGGCAAGUGUAUCUUCGGCAAUAGAAAGUAUUCGUCAAGAGAUGCAAGCUGAUAUGGAUCGAAAGUUACAAGAAGAACGUGAACAAAUGACUGCUGAUUUAAAAAAGAAUAUGAAAGAAGAUUUGCAGAAAAAAUUAGAAGAGGAGCGUGAACACAUGAAAGGCGAGGUAGACAAGAUGUUCCAAGAACAAAUGGCUGCUAUUAUGACUAGAAUGCAACAGGUACUUUCUCUUGCUCUUUUGGAAUAUAAUAAAUUGUUAUCUUCGUGUAGAAAAUAGUUACAUUAAAAGUUGGACUAGUUAUUAGGAAAAUCCAACAACUGAAAUGUUUUCUGGAAAGCUUUCCAUGGCUUUAGAGAUGCCGAAUCCAACAAAGCUAUGGCCUAUGGCCAACAAGAAGUACUUUAGUUAUCAACAGUAAGUGGAAGAUUGUUGGAAGUUUUUUGUGUUAUCUAUUUACUGAAAACUAGUGAAGGCUUCUGAUAAGCUAUCAACAACCUCAUCAUUAUCUAUAAGACACUUUUGGGAAAGCUUUUCUUGGUUUCAGCCGGCGAAACUCAUUUAAUAAGUCACUAAGGCAUGAUUUUUUGUUAAGGCUUCCAGAUAAAGUGCUCAAGUCUUGUGUUAUUGUAGGUUUUGGUUUUGUAAACUUUUUAGUUUCUGUGUUUC